AUGCCCUCGAUCCUCAUCAUCAACCCCAACUCAUCCGUCAGUGUCUCAGAAAACCUCCGUCGAACCGUGACCGCCCCGCCCAACUCCACCUUGCACUUCUACACGGCUCCUUCAACAGCUCCUCCAGAGAUCACCGGCCACGAGACUCUGGCACUCUCUGAACAGGCUGCGCUUCCAGACAUCUUGGAAAAACGCCUUCUUGACCAGCACGACGCGUUCCUCGUCGCGUGCUACUCAGAUCACCCGUUGGUGGCCUCGUUGGCCAAACACACGCAGAAACCUGUGCUAGGCAUAAUGCAAGCGACGCUUUUGUAUGUGUAUGCCAGCGCCCGGUUGCACAAGCUGUUCGUGUUGACCAGCACCAGCGGGUGGUUGCCGUUGCUCGACGAGGCGAUCACGAGAUUCUCGGGCACGGGCUUUUUCCCAGAGAAUAAAUUCUAUAGGUCCAAAGCGCUUGACGUGCUGGUUUUGGACUUGGCUGACCCCUCGGAGUUGGCGAAAAUCACCGAUAAAGUGAGCGCUUAUUUGUGCGAACUCCAGGGCGUCGAUUGUGUGUUGCUCGGGUGCGCAGGCAUGGCUGGGCUCGACAAGAAGUUGGCAGAAAAGUUUCCGGGCGUGAAAUUUGUCGACAGCGUCAAGGCCGGCGUGGAGUUUGCCGUGGCAAUGACCAGGAUGCCGUAA